AUGUCGACUUUUCAGUACCGCAAAGAGCUCCGAGGCCAGGAAAUCCGGCUUCUGUGCCUGCUCCCUGGUGACUGGCUUGAUGAUCUCAAAGCAGAGCUUUACGUGGCUGACCAGACUCAUCAAUAUGCUGCGUUAUCCUAUGCUUGGGGGAGUAGUCGAAAAUCCAACCAGAUCAUCGUCAACAGCGAGGUUCAGUACAUCACGUUCAAUCUCGACAGGGCCUUGCGUGCUAUCCGUCGGCCAACUAGCCCUGUCACGAUUUGGGUCGACUCUAUAUGCAUUAACCAAAAAGACGCUGCCGAAAAGAGUAAUCAGGUUGGGCUGAUGCACGAUAUUUUCGGCUCGGCUACUCAAGUAUUUGCUUACAUUGGAGAUGGCUUGGAUCGCAGCCGCAAAGACUACCCCCGGCGCUUCAAUAUACUUCGAAAAUCAUCUUUCGUUCACUUUACCGGCAAACCCGACGAUCUGCCUCUCAUCGAGAACUCGCUCAGACUCUGGAGGGACUCCCCGCCGGGUUCGCUGUCGGAGCAUGAGGAAAUUCUUUGCCUUUGCAGUGUUAUCUCCGCUCCGCUCCAUGUGGAAUCGCCGGAGACAUUGCAGCAACUGUUACCAGGGCAGACGACUUCGGCCGACGAGCAACGAUGUCGGCAAAUAUCUGAACGAAUUCGAUUAUUCGCGGUCAGCGACUGGUGGAAUCGAAUGUGGAUUAUUCAGGAAGCCUGCGUUGCCAAAGAGCUCACCAUCACCUACGGCCGUGUAUCUAUACCGUUCAAGGCAAUUGUACAAGGAGCUCGUCGGUUUCUCGACCAAUUUUCGUCAAACUCGUCGGAACUAGGUAAAGUAGUGUCCUAUCUGGUGGGAAAGACGGACACGAUCGACUUUCUACGCGUCCGAGGCUCGUAUCGCGCGUCCGCCUUGGCAACCAACAGCGCGCUUCUCUGGCUGCUGAGGAACUUUCGAAACAGACGAUCCUCCGAACCCCGUGACAAGGUCUUCGCACUUCUCCGGCUGGCGGACGGUUUGAGAAGCGAGAACGUUUUCAGUCACGUUGAGCUAUACGUCGACACAGACUACAGAGUCAGCGUGAAGGAAUUGUUCUCACGAGUAACUCACCAAAUCAUUCGACAAACCGGACUUCUGUGGGUUACAACGUUCGACUUGCUUGCCAAGAGAGGGACCGAUAUGCCCUCCGCCCGGUGGGAUGUGCCUACCUGGGUCCCUGACUGGUCUUCGGAUUAUUUGGUACCUGGCUGGAACCAGCAGCGCAUUACUCUACACGGGGAACUCUUUCAAGGCUUCAAUUCCAGUCGUGCUAGAUUCCGACAUCUCAAAUUCGGCGCCGAAGAUCGCAUCGUGCUACCACAGGAGCAUUUUCAGCGCCUAGCCGACGGAUAUGUCGACCCCAAAGCUGGGUGGGAGACUGUCCAUUAUGUUCCAGCACAGAUAGAUUCUGUUGACCCAGACGGACACGACUUGUUUCUCUUGAGUGCGCCGGGAGUCUCUUGUGGUAAAGUCGACGGCGUCAGCGAUGCCAUCGCAAGCAGUCUCUCAAACCUGGGCGACGUCAUUCGCCAACUCAUACUUUGUUAUUGGCCCAUUAGUGUCCGAGGGCAGGUUCUUCAUAGAGAGCCCCUGCUGGAAGUUGUGGCGCGCUGCCUCUGCUAUGGGAUACGGACCGAGGCUAGACCUGACGGAUACAAUCCUCCUCGUGGACUUAAUCCGAGCGAAAUGCGCGAAAUUACUUGCUGGACGCUGAGGAGAUGUUCGUCAAAUAUCUCCGAUCCGUCCAUCUCCAACUUCGCAAGCGACCUUAUGCCCAAGGUCAUUGCACUCAAGCCGGAACAUGAGCUCACCAUUCGAACAGAGUGUGAGGUGGAGAAUAACGAGCCUUGGUAUUGGUCAAAUCUUCCCAAGGCAGACAAUCCUUUGGACGACUUGGAACACGGACUUCGACUAAUGAACUUCUCCCAAAGUGUUCCUGAUUUCAACCCCGAAGACUCCGAGACCAUCUGGGCCAAAGAUCAACAAUGGAUGGAGGAUACCGUCCGAGCCGUAGCCGGUGGCUUUCGGCUGUUUGUGACCUCCAAAGGACAGAUCGGCCUAGGACCAGAGCGGAUGCGCCAAGGGGAUGAGGUGUGCAUUCUCCAAGGCGGCCUGAUGCCAUACAUAUUGCGAAGACGGUCGGCAGAGGAUCCGAGUGUCACAAUGGUGGGAACCUGUUACGCGGAAGGAAUCAUGCACUGGGGUGACGAAGCCCGGGGCUACGGAGACGAUCCGGGAGACAUAGAAGGUCUCGAACAUAAGGUAAGACGGAAGAUGCGAGUUCGCAACAUAUCGGAAGAGGAAUUCCUUAUCUACUGA